GAUCCUGAUAAUCGACCAGAUAUUAAGCAUGUCUGUUUAGACCUAAAAAAAUUAAUUACCAAUGAUAAACAGUCUAUAAGUAAUAUUACUCAGGACCCAAAUACAUUAGAAACUCAUAGAUCUACUCGAUUAGAUGAUCAAGGAUGUUUGUUUAUUUCUGAUUCAACAGAUAGAAUUUUAAUGCAAA